AUGUGGGUGAUCGACUUCUUUUUGGCCAUUCUCAAUGAAUUUGCGCGCGGCUCUUAUCCAAGGGAUAUCUCAUCCAUCAGUGAACGUUUUGCGAUGGAUGCUUCCCAACGAGAACGACUCAAAAAUGCUUUACAGGGACUGGUGCUAAAGGUGGAGUAUGAUGGUAGACAUAUGAAAUUUGUUGAUGUUGGUCAACCGGCACGAGUUCAGCGUUUCCAACUGAUGCGAGACGAAAAAUUUGUACGCGAGCUCACCGUUGAAGAAUAUUUCGCCGAAUAUAAAAAUAUAAGACUUCAUUUCCCGAAUCUACCUGUAUUGGUAUGUGGGAAGAGAUCGAAAGCAGAAUAUUACCCAAUGGAAUUGAUGCGACUCUCCGACAAAGCACAACGUGUGAAGAAGCGUUUAACACCGGUCCAGCUUGCCAGGCUUAUCAGGGGGACAGCACUAAGCCCGUUGGAACGGUUUAAAAGGAUCGAUUGGUUCCUUGAGGGCAUGAAAAUAGCCACAGACGACGAAUUCUUGCAAAAUUUUGGAGUCUCGUUCCCGUCUCUCAAUGAAGAUCAAGAAACGGAAUUGGAACCGGAACGUGGUUCCUGGCGUCUGGAUGAUCAAUUCGUGCAAACUCCCAGUGGUGUUGUGAUGGCAUUCGUCUGUGUCGAUGAAGCAAUCAGUUAUCCACAGUUCGCGUUUUUUUUCAAGGGGACAGCAUUAAGCCCGUUGGAACGGUUUAAAAGGAUUGAUUGGUUCCUUGAAGGUAUGAAAAUAGCCACAGACGACGAAUUCUUGCAAAAUUUUGGAGUCUCGUUCCCGUCUCUCAAUGAAAAUCAAGAAACGGAAUUGGAACCGGAACGUGGUUCCUGGCGUCUGGAUGAUCAAUUCGUGCAAACUCCCAGUGGUGUUGUGAUGGCAUUCGUCUGUGUCGAUGAAGCAAUCAGUUAUCCACAGUUCGCGGAAGCGUUACCGACACUAAUUCGUACGUGUGAGUAUUUUGGCUUCAAAUUUGCGGACGAUCGUCACAAUGCGGACAGCGUGCGAACAUAUCAGUGGAACACACGAUAUGUGGAACUCACGGACCACGUACUCGAUUUCAAGAAAAAAUGCGCCAAUAUAGCAGCAGGGAAGAGAAUUGUGGUCAAACCUAUACUGGUUUUUAUUGUUGCACAGGCGAAAGAUGAAAUUUACGGAAUGAUCAAGACAGCCUGUGAUCAGGAGGAAGGUAUUGCAUGCCAGGUGGUACGCACAGAAACAUUCAUGAAAAUGCGUGGAGGUGGUGAACGAAAUACCGUUGCACGCAAUCUUUGUAUGAAAAUUAACGCCAAACUUGGUGGCAUCAACAAUGAGCUGGCAGGAAAUCGUCACAACUGGCAGAAAUUCACGGAUGAACGAGAUCCAACACUUUUCAUUGGCAUUGAUGUGACGCAUCCACCAUCCGGCGACACUGCGAGCCCAUCAGUUGCAGCUGUUGUGGGAUCGUUGAAUAUCGCUGCAACCAGGUAUGCUGCCUCCAUAAAAAUUCAGCAUCGCAACAAAGAAAAGGUGGCAUACGUUGUUGACGCAUUCCGGGCGCGUAUCGUCGAUUUUGAACUGCAAACUGGUCGUAAGCCACAGCACAUCGUGGUACUUCGAGAUGGUGUUUCGGAUACUGAAUUUCUGGAUGUAAUGAACGAGGAGUUGCUGUAUCUCAAAUCAGCAGCGCAUCAGCUGGCGCAUGACUACAAACCGACCGUUUCGUAUGCCGUAAUACAGAAGCGACAUCACACUCGUUUUAUGAGUGAAAAUGAUCGAGCUGGCCGGAGGCAGGAGAAGAGAUUUCACAAGGAUACCUCAAAUAAUGAUAAAAAUGUGCCACCGGGAACAGUAGUGGAUCGUGCAGUGACGAGUUGCUCCACCUUUGAUUUCUACCUCUGCUCACACUACGGCGCUCUGGGAACCUCAAAACCGGCUCACUAUACUGUUCUGUACGAUUCAUGGCAGUUAACAGCCGAUGAAUGGCAGGCCUACAGGUAUAUUCUCUUCAGAAUUGAAAAAUAUAACGUAUCAUUGCACGGUAUGUGGAUGCAUCCUUUCAGUUAA